AUGUACGGAGUCAAGUGCGUCAAGAUUGAUACUCUUGUUUCCGGAGAGAUGAACUGCACAGAUUUUAAGUCCAAGCUGUUGAAGAACAGCGGGAGAUCUGCGAUUGUCAAUGUGAAUAUAGGUACGACCGUGAAGGGAGCCAUCGAUGAUCUUGACAGGAUCAUAAGAACACUUGAAAAAUGUGGGUUCCGAGAUCGAUUCUACAUCCAUUGCGAUGGAGCUCUGGCUGGCCUUAUGAUGCCAUUUGUCAAACAAGCACCAAAGGUGACGUUCACGAAACCUAUCGGAAGCGUUAGCAUCUCGGGCCACAAGUUAAUGGGAUGUCCAGUGCCAUGUGGUGUGGUAAUAACCAGGCUCGAGCAUGUCAAAGUGCUCUCCACUGACAUUGAGUACAUAUCAUCUAGAGAUGCAACGAUCAUGGGGAGCCGCAACGGGCACGCACCCUUGUUCUUGUGGUACAACCUGAACAAGAAGGGUUACAGAGGCAUCCGCAAAGAAGUCGAGAAGUGCAUGAGAAAUGCUCAUCACCUUGUGAGCCGUCUUAGGGAGAAGGGGGUGAGUGCAUACCUAAACGAUCUGAGCAAUAUGGUGGUGUUCGAGAGGCCACAGAAUGAGGCAUUUGUCCACAAGUGGCAGCUCGCCUGCGAGGGGAGCAUUGCACACGUGGUGGUAAUGCCAAGUGUGAGUGUGGAGAAGCUCGACAUCUUCGUCGAAGAGCUUGCUGUCGGAAGAAGGAUGUGGCAUGAAGGUGGAGGGUUUAGAGUGUCGUGUGUUGCAGAGGACAUCGGGGAAGAUAAUUGCCUAUGUGGCGUGCAUGCCAAGAAGUCAAUAGCUGCAUAA